AUGUCCCAACUGAAUCAACACUUGAUCGAACAGUUGACCAAAACUCCAGAAGAAAUCGCAAAACUCCAAGAAACCGAACAGAAAAUUGGAGGCAUCAUCAAUUGGUGUGCCUACAAUUAUCAAAAUGCCGAUAAAGCCUCAACCUUUGAAAAGACUCAACAAUAUUUGGCUGCUGUAUUGACUAAUGUUGUCUUUUAUGUAGAAUCAUCAAGUCGUGAAUUAGAAACACUCAUCGAAUUAGAAGCUCAAGAAAUCAAUCGUAUUGGUUCAGAAAUGACCAUCAUUUACGAUCGUUUAAAAUCUGCUCGUUCCUUGACUGGUCGUGAAGAGUUGACUAAAAUGCAUGCUGUGAAACCCACAAUGAGAACUGGUUUGAAAAAGAGAACCGUCGAAGUGACAACAAGUACUCACACCAAGGACUUGAAAAUGAGUCAUGGAGAUAUUAAUUUGAAUUCCUGUAGUAAUAUUGGUAUUUCCAUUAGUGGCAAUGAGAAUAAUUAUUCACAAUCGAGUCCAAAUACUUCCACCACUCCAGUCACCAUGCCAAACACCAACAACAGUUUUUACAGUUCAAGAGCAAAUGAGACUGGUUCUUCCUUUAUUCGUUCUGCUUCGACUGCUCGUUUAGGAACACCUGUGAAUUUGGAAGUGCCAUCCAGUCUUUCCACAACAACAUCAACACCUGCGACACCUCCUCCAUCUUCACAAUCGACUUCUUCAUUCUAUAAUCGAUCCAAUAGUAGCAUUAAUGUUCCUCCUCCACCACCAUUAUCAUCCACCCAUGUUGUUGUUGUUGAUUAUGGUCACAAUUCUUCUCCUCCACCACCUCCACCACAGAAUAACAUGCCACCUCCACCUCCACCAUCCUCAUCGAGUGGUGUGCCACCUCCACCCAAGUCCACACCUCCUCCACCACCAUCAUCUUCAUCCAGUGGUGUUCCUCCUCCACCUCCAAGUGGUGCUGGUGUUCCUCCUCCACCAAUGAAAAUGGUGUCCACACCUCCUCCUCCACCACAGAAUGUGGAAAUUCCUGAAGAUCCAACUGGUGGUGGUCGUGGUGAUUUGUUGGCAUCCAUUCGAGCUGGUAAGGCAUUGAGAAAAGUUCCUCCACCAAAUGACGCACCAAAAUUGCCAUCUAAAAGUGAGAUGAGUGGUGGUGGAAGUGCUUCUACAAGUAGCAGUGGUGCUGGAGGCGGUGGUGGUGGUGACAUGAUGUCACAAAUCUUGGCAAAACGUAACAAGAUGAUGAACAAGUAA